GGGCUCUUGAUCCCGGGAACUGGAGUAUGGAGGUCUUCCACUUCCUGGGAUCAAACCUCACUCCCAUUUACCCCUUCCCCUGGCGUUAUUUGGCCUCCCCUGUGGGUUUAGCGCUCUCCCGGUGUUUAAAAUGUUAUACAUAUUACAUUUACGACCCCAGUGGAAACACGUCACUGACAUUUGACUUGCCCAGCACAGUCACAAUGACCAGCCAGGACACACCAGAGGUCGUGUACGUUGCUGACCUGCAACUUAUUAAGUCUUACGAUGAAGUGCCGUUUCUGAAACACAGGGCAAGUUUAACUCAUCAUCUCAUCGCUGCCUAUGGGCUCCUCAGCAAAAUGAAAAUAGUGCCAUCUAAACCAGCAACAGAAGAAGAUCUUCGAGGUUUUCACUCAGAAGAGUUUGUUGAAUUCCUCAAAGUGGCAAAACCUGAUGAUCAAGUGAUAGAGGAUGAAUUUGGUCUCGGAUUUGAUUGCCCAAUUAUCAACAACCUGUGGACAAUAGUCUGUCAAGUGACCGGUGCAUCUUUGACGGCCGCUUGUGCUCUUACAUCAUCCAAAGCAAAAAUUGCCAUUAAUUGGUGUGGUGGCUGGCAUCAUGCUCAGAGAGAUUCUGCCUCUGGAUUUUGUUAUGUGAAUGACAUCGUUUUAGCUAUGCGACACCUGCGUACCAAGUUUGACAAGAUCUUGUAUAUUGAUUUGGACAUCCAUCAUGGAGAUGGUGUGGAGAAUGCUUUUCUCUUCAGCCCAAAGGUGGUAACUCUGUCAUUUCAUCAGUUGGAAGCCGGCUUUUUCCCUGGCACUGGUCAACAGAAGGAUGUGGGUCUAGGAAAAGGCAGAUACUACACCUAUAAUGUUCCCUACAAAGCUGGGAUAAAUAAUGACCAGUUUGUAUACUUGGUUGAAAGCAUUCUGUACAACUUGUGUGAGGUAUACAUGCCAAAUGCUGUGGUAUGCCAGUGUGGAGGUGAUGCUGUCAUUGGAGAUCCUCUGGGGGGAGGCAAUUUAACACCUGAAGCAUUCAGAGUGUGUGUACGGCAUGUCUUGAACCUCAACAAACCCACUCUCUUUCUUGGUGGAGGAGGUUAUAAUGUGGCCAACACAGCCAGACUAUGGACAGCUGUCACUUCUACCAUUCUUGAUACUGCACUUAAUACUGAAAUUCCAGAACAUCAGUUUUUUCCAAUGUAUGGGCCAAGUUUCGAGUUGGAAAUAUCAGCAGGACUUCGAAAAAGUGAAAAUACUCAGAAGUCUCUAGAUGAGACAGUUCAGAUUGCUAAUGUUGCAGAUAUGCUGCUACUGUGGCUAUCAGUUCUGAGUGUAUUAGACCUGUCAUCAGCAGAAUAUGUGGACUCCAGCCCUGCCAUACUUGAUGAUGAUAGUACUCUUACUCAACAAAGUCAUGGUCCCCUUUAUCACAAACAUUCCUACUUCACUGAUGGCAGCAUGAGUGAUAUCCAUCCUGACAGCCACUUCACUGAUGGCAGCAUGAGUGAUAUCCAUCCUGACAGCCACUUCACUGAUGGCAGCAUGAGUGAUAUCCAUCCUGACAGCCACUUCACUGAUGGCAGCAUGAGUGAUAUCCAUCCUGACAGCCACUUCACUGAUGGCAGCAUGAGUGAUAUCCAUCCUGACAGCCACUUCACUGAUGGCAGCAUGAGUGAUAUCCAUCCUGACAGCCACUUCACUGAUGGCAGCAUGAGUGAUAUCCAUCCUGACAGCCACUUCUCUGAUGGCAGCACGAGAAAUACCCAUCCUGACAGCCACUUCUCUGAUGGCAGCAUGAGUGAUAUCCAUCCUGACAGCCACUUCUCUGAUGGCAGCACGAGAAAUACCCAUCCUGACAGCCACUUCUCUGAUGGCAGCACGAGAAAUACCCAUCCUGACAGCCACUUCUCUGAAAGCAUCACCAUGAGUAAUAUCCAUUCCGACAGCUGCAGCAGCGAGAAGAAUUAUGGUAAGCAGCCAGAUAGAGAUUGUGAUACAAUUGAAGCAUCUCAGCAUCCUGGGGUUACUACUGCCCAUGAAGGACUCACCAUGGCUGGCAAGCAAGUCUUACAUGACGUACAAGAGGAAUGGCCAUUGAACGAUAAAUAUGGAACGGAUUCUACGAAAAACACAAAUGAAAUCUACAGUAAUAACCAGCCAUUGCUGAUACAAGAUGAGAAUGCUGCAGAGGAUGCUGGUGAUAUUACACUGAAAGAUAAGGAUGGGACUACUAGGGAAGCAAAAGAGAGAAAAGAUUCCCUCAGGACUCUACAUCAAGAAGGAGAAUUCGAAGAUUUCAUUGAAAAGGGGCCUGUUGUAAUAGUGUACUUCUAUAAAUAUGGUGGAUCAGAGGCACUGGCAAAGUUUUUAUCAGAGUUCAACAAGUCAGCAGAGGACCUGUUGCAGUACCAAGUGCUGUUGGCUGUGGUGGACUGUGCCAAGUACAAUGUAGCUGCUUAUUGUAUGCCAGAAAAAGUAAACCGGUUUGCAUAUGGCUUUAGGAAUGGCCUGGAGAAGAUUGCCUUCCCACUGGACACUCUCUUCAACAAUAAUGCCAUUGUGGCCUCUGCCCUCCACUUGGCCUUGAUCAGUGCUGUGCCUAUCCUGCAAACAGCAGGGGAGAGAAGGGACCUGGAGGCUCGAUGUCGUGGUCGUUGUGACAUUAUCUUCUCCUUCCUGCAUACCCUGGGCACCUUUGAACAUCGAAUGUUUUUGGAAGUGGCCCAUGCUCAUCAGGAUAAAUUCGUCUUUGCCAUUACCACCUAUGCUGCUGGCACCUUCGGUCUUGCCAAUCCACAUCCAAAUGAGGAGCGAGAAUACUCCAUGUGGGUUGUGCACUGUGCAGAUAAGGCAGCCAACGAGGAGUGCGUGGUGAGCCACUACCGUCGCAAGUUGGUCUUGCCACAACUGCUACAGUUUAUCCAUGCUCUUCAGCUUCCCAUUUGGCAUGAACUUUCAGUGUCGCCAACUACCUCAGAAGUGGUGACACCUUACGAUGGUACAGGGUUGCCUUGGGUAAUACUGCUGUACGAUGUGUCAUCUCGCAGCCGGGUGAGGAAUCUUGCUCCUCGCCUGGCUCAGCUGCUCCAUGGAUCUGUUGCCACGAUCACUGUCAAUUUGGAUGAAGCUAGUGAUGCCGCCCUUGCCAAGCUGGGCUUGACUAGACACACCAUCUGCGCCACAUCUUUGUUUCACUUAAAGCCAGGACAUCCAAGUGCAUCAUUGCUCAAUGAUUAUGACAAUGCACUAGAGUGGGUAAAUGAGCAACUGACAGCCAUGUUGCAGCACUUGGCACUCACCAAGGAAGAGCAAGGCUACCUGCCUGUCCCAGCACUGGAGGAAUUACAGCAGGAUGAUGAGGUGGUACUGGCAAUGGUGAAGGAGGACACCUUGACCAGUGUGCCUGUCCUAGCUGGACCUGGACCCUACACCUCAGCUCUUGAGUCCAACACACUCUCAGUCAUUGCCUUUUACCUUUCUUGGGAUCCUAUGAGCAACGCACUUCUGCAACACAUGAACGCUAUUGUUGCAAAACUUCGGGAAUAUGGCAGCCAGUCCUCAUUGCAUCGUGUCAAUUGCUUUGAUUGGCCAUAUCUCUGUAACUCAUUGGGAAUUGUGACUUAUCCUGUUCUUCGACUCCACCCUAAAGGAAGACCUAAUAUGACGUACGAUGGACCUAUCCAUGGGGAUUCCAUUCUGAAGACCAUACUACUGACUGAAAGAGCCACACCUACCGAGUUGAUCAACAAUGGGGACUUGGAACAGUUGAUGACUCUCAGUGAGGACCUUCACCCAGCCUGCAAAGUUGUCUCUUCUGCUACUGUAGGAAUAUUCCCUUCAGCUAAAGACGCAGUAGCCUUUAACGAAGCUUGUCGUGUUCUGGGAGGCAACCAUCUCCUGGGUCGACACAUUUCUCCUCGUGCUGUUGAUGCCUUAUGUAAGACAGAUGAAGGAUGUGUGGUGGUAACCAAGCCUGGCGACUGUUUUCAAUCCAGAAAAAUGCUUGAUAAAGAGCUUGACAACUCUGGUGCCAUUAUAAACUUUGUCUCUCAUGCCUCACUCCCAGUGCUGGCUCCGCUGGAUCCUGAGCGAUAUUCAGCUUUACAAGUAGGAGUCAGUGAGGACGAUGAACACUCACCUGUGUCCGACCAACACCUCGUCAUACUGUUCUUACCAUCCAAUUCCACGGUGUCAGAAUCAAGAGGGAAGGCAUUGGAUGCAAGAAGAUACUCUUCUCAAGGCCAGCAAAGCAAAGGACAACAUUGUACUCUAGAUAUAAAUGCUGAUCACUUGAGUAACUAUGAUAGCAUGUGGAGUACACUGGGACAUUUAGCAGCAGAAUUAUCAGAACCGGGAUUUAUAUUUUCUUGGUUAUUCUGUGACGACCCUCUGGCAGACAGCUUACUGCCAGUCUAUGGGUUGUCUCCUGUAGUAAGAUCUCUGGUGGCUGUGAGUCAGAGGAUGGGCACAGUGUACACUUUUAUGGACACAGACACCUCAAAGGCCACUAUCAGAGACUGGCUUAAAAGGCUUCGGGCUGGACACCUCCAGCCUUCCAUUGAACUGCCAAAAAAAGAGUGGAAGCCUCGUGUACCAGGGUUUGACUACCUCAAGUUUAUGAUUGAAGACCAAGAUCGUGACUCCGAAGACCACCUCAUACUUGAGAUGGAAGCUGACCUUACUGCUCACCAUCAAGGUGAGAGCAGUAACAACAAGAAAUAGCUUCACGAGGACCUCUGAAUUCCAUAUGAGUUUGUUCUCACAUCCUUGAUGACCUCCUGUCAACAUAGAACUCUGCAGUCUUCCAGAACUACCAUCACCACCAAGAAAGCCUCCAUAAUCUGCUGCAGCAGCAAAGCUCCGUCAGAAAUAGAUAUCACUGAUCUGCAUUUAUUCUGAAAACUCCAUGAGUGACCUCUGUAGCAGAAGUUUCAUAAAUAAAAAGUAUAAACUGUAA